AUGGAUCAGCCGCAUCCGCUACUGAUCGCUAGCGAAAACAUCCACGACAGUGGCAUCAUCGAGGAUGUGCACCAGGAAUCGGAAGACACCGGAAACGAGGAUUAUGGUGAUGAAAGCAACCUCGAGUCGAACCUGCGUCGGCGGAAAGGAAAAAUUAUUUCCUGUGUCGAAAAUGCCUCGAGAUUAAUUCGCAGACGUGUGCCUUGCGCUGGCCAUUUGAUGACACCUCGACGGCUAUGGCUGAACAAAAUUCCAACCCAGUGUGAUGUGGUGAUUGAAUUCCCAGAAGACGCCCCAGAUGAUGCGCUACGGUGGUUGCUAAACAGGAUCAAGGCGAACCCUCCGGAAGGGUUGGGACUUUCGGCGAUGGUCCGGGCACACGAAAGCACUAAGCGUACCGCAUUCUACAUUACCGCCCCAAUGAAUGUAUUAUUUAAGGCAGCCGAAGAUGCUCGCCUGCCAAAGCGACUGCGAACCGACCUCGGCGGGGCAUUGAAGGAGUUCACCAAACGGGAAAGUCAUUGCUUCGCCCAAUCGAAGGACAACGAGGGUGCCAACAGUCUUUUCACGUCCCAGGAACGGCAGUGGCUCGUGCUACAGGUUCUACAGGGUCUGAGGGCUGGAACGCCAGAUCUGAAAGCACUGCAGGGAAAAGCACAGGUGGAGGAAGGACAGAGCAUCGUGGCCGCCUGGCAAGAGCUUGGCCUCAUAACGCAGGUUUUUCCGCUCCACGAGACGACCGCACUGCAGCAACUCCAGUCUAGCUGGGUACGGAAAUUCUUCGCACCGCAACCCCUAGACGAUAUAGCGGCAUACUUUGGAGUUAAAGUGGCGCUCUACUUCGCCUGGCUGGGACACUACACCUGUGCACUAUGCGUACCAGCCGUGCUGGGCACCAUUCUGUACGCUGGGCUUUGGGGUCGAGGACAGACGGCUCAAGACAUUGGACACGUCAUUUUCUCGCUCUUCAACGUGGCCUGGGCGUCACUCUACCUGGAAGCUUGGAGGCGGUAUUCGGUCGAGCUGGCUUUCCGUUGGGGCACUUUGUCAACGCCACCCGAGCUCCUGGAACCUCCACGGCCACUCUACAAGGGGCCACUCGAGGAAAGCUCCGUAACUGGGCGGCUGGAGCCGAAGGAAGCUCCGGCAUGGCAGCGGCGAGCCUUCCGUUAUCUAGUUAGCUUUCCAAUUAUAGGGCUCUGCCUGGUGUUGGUGUUUAUUGUGAUGUUCCUGAUGUUGAGGCUGCAGGAUUGGCUCGAUCAACACUUACCCUAUAGCAGUGCUGGCCUGUGGGAGUGCAUGUGCAUAGUGUCUCAGGACUGGUGGGAUGCCAAGCUGCCGGAGCAGGGCGUUUUCAGCUGUUUGAGCGUGAUACCGAAGGUCCUGCUUGCCGGCGCCAUUACACUAAUGGACGAAGCAUACUACAAGCUCGCCGUCUGGCUGAACGAUAAAGAGAACUAUCGGCUGCAGUCGAAGUACGAAAAUCAUCUCAUCGCCAAGGUGGCCCUUUUCCAGUUUGUCAACAGCUUUCUUUCACUCUUUUACAUCGCCUUUUACCUGCGCGAUCAGGACAAGCUGAAAGAGCAACUGGCUGGGUUGCUGAUAUCGCGUCAGAUCAUCGGUAAUCUUCGCGAGUCCGCCUGGCCGUACCUCGUGGAGCAAUGGCGCCUGGCGAAAUUAAGCUUCAAAAUGUGGGGUGCGCUCAGCCCAACGCAGGAGCACCCGCCAAGCAUUGCGGCCUCCGCAUCCAUCAGCUCCACCAGCACCGUUAGUGCUUUGCCUAGCUCAUCAUCCACGAUGGGUGCCGGCGAUGGGAAGCAGCUGGAUGAAGGCAAGAGUCCAUCCGAGUACUCGUCCUCCUCCACCAACACACCGAAACGAUCGAUCGGGCAAGCCGAAAUUGAAAGCUCUCUGUACAAGUACGAUGGAACAUUUUCCGACCAUUUGGAAAUGUUAGUACAAAUGGGAUAUGUAGUGCUGUUUUCCGCCGCCUUUCCUCUGGCCGGGCUGUGCGCUUUGGCAAACAAUCUGCUCGAGAUACGAUCCGAUGCCUUCAAACUGGCCCACGUACACCAGCGUCCCUUUGGACAGCGCGUGGCAAACAUCGGCACCUGGCAGAAUGCGCUCGGAAUGCUCGGACUGGCAGCUGUCAUCGUGAACUGUGCCCUGAUUGGGCUCUCCGGUCAGGUGUCCCGUCUGUGGCCUGGCCUAACGUCCACCCAGACGGUCAUACUGAUUGUGGCGCUCGAGCAUGUCAUGCUGGGAUUACGGUCUGCCCUGACGUGGCUACUGCCGGAGUUACCUUCCUGGUUGGCGGCCGAAAUCGCCCGUGCGGAACACUGUCGACGCGAGAUGCAAUGCAAAGGACCGUCACCCCGCCAAACGCCACCAUCACCACCGUCCUCCACCUCCAUCUCGCACCACGAUCAAGAUUUCAACAGCAAUCAGGACAUUUUCGACAAAACCGAGCAGUCCGUUGGCAGAUUUCACAUAUCUCCCAGUCACGACAAUAACAAAGACAGCGAACUGGAGCGUGCCGCCAAGCUGGACAACCUCAGCAUACAUCCCGUGUCCCCCGUAGCGCAGCAAUUGCGCCAAGAGCAGCACCAACAGCAUAAAAACUCACAGAGCAGCUGCGAUAAUAUGGACAUUUUUGCCAUGGACACGCGUGACAUUUCGCCGGAUUCACCGAUCUCACAGACAAGCACAGUAUUAUUACGACCUCUUCAAGAUUCUCCUCUUAGUGGUCAAUCUGCACAAACCGUUGCAUUAGAAUCGACACAAACGAAUUCAGGUGCAUGUCUUAAGCAGCCAAGCAUUAAGCUCGCCGACAUACCGCCCUACCGUGGACAAGCGAUGAAGCACAGCUGUAGUAUUUACGAUAAGCGAAGCAUCAACCUUGGUGAAAUUUCGCAGAGCCCGCGGGUUGCCUCGAAACCGAUCCAGAUUCCAGAAAUACCACCGUUCCGCAAGCAGGCACACUCUACGAUGCACUCGCCCGUUAACCAGAGCCCGCAGAACCCAGCACACAUGUCGUCCGCCAAUCCUUCGCCACCGCGGAUCGCCGAAAUUCCGCCGUUCCGGCCGCGCAACCGCUCCAAGGAAUGGAUGCCCAACAUCGAGGUGGGUCGACUGAAGCACACCGAGCACCAUCUCACGAUUGGCCCUAGCGGAGGGGCCGAAUGGGCAAAACGCUUGAAGGCAGCCGAUCCUUCCAUCAUUCACAGAAGUACCGACUGUAUUGUAGCGAAGCAACAGGAACUAGCUACCGGUUCGGAUUCCGAGUUGCUCAAACCUGCACCAUCCUGGACAAAUGUGGCGAUCAAAGCCGGCGAACAGCAGGCGGGCACUAGCAACAGUGCCCCGUCGGUGAAAGCUCCUACCGAAGAAGAAGCCAAAGCGGCCGAACUUGCCGCCAAAAAGUCGCGCCUGAAGCAGAGCCUUGUGAAACGUGCACGUUCGGUAGCCAUUUUCUCGCUGAAACUGAAAGAACAGCGUGCGAAAAGGGCGGAAAAGAUGGCGCUUGAAGCACUGGAAGCAUUACCGGCUCCACCACCCGGUGGCGAACUGUCGCUGAUACCGAUCGAGCAGUUGAUCCAGGUGGAUGAUGUCUUAAGCCAACGAAACCAUGGCAGCGGUUCCGGUCACAACAAUGGCCACUCGUAAGCUGCACCAGCACGCGUUACUUCACUGGACGUAAAUUGUACUGUACAAAUCUACCCUGAAGAUAUUCAUGUUUCCAGUUCUGAAUCUUGCCUCUUAACGCUACUACCCCUCACAAUGGCUGACUUCUUUCUCUUUCUGAUACUAUGAUAGCGAUACUGCAGCUAGUGCAAUACCUUAGUGCGUACCAUCCUGUUCGGUGCGAUGUACAAUUAUCGAUUUAGUUCGACGUCUAACAGUGUAAAGCACAAAUCUACACAUCAUUCGCCAUGCUAACCAACAAACAAAAAAUGUUACCAUUUAACGAUCGAAGAGAGAUACGAGCUGAGAUAAGACGUAAAUUGUGAGAUGCAACAAUGUUGUAAAGAGCUUUAUUGCUUGAUGAAAGUUUCUAGUUUUUUAACACAAUAAGUAGUACACAGGCAGACAAAAAAGGAAAUGUUUGUUUUAGAAGACAAUAUAAACCAUACCAGCUUUAGUUUGUGUGCUUAAAACAGCUACUCAUAAAGUACAACUCAUAUCCGUUUGAGAUAUUAACGCAGUUGUGAAGUAGAGUUAAUUGUAUCGAAAACACGAAGCAAAGGGAAGAGAGAAGCUUCUAUAUUGUGCAAUCUGCAUUGUUUGCUGCAUUACAAUCCGUAACCAUGUACUGCCUUUCGGUUUGCGAGCAUAUUAUUAUAUUUAUUGAAGUUGUAGUGGAAACUUUAUUUACCGGACGCAAUGGGUAUCCGCUUUAAACGAAGGACAGGAGGUGCUCUCAAUAGAACAAAUAACCAAUCAACCAGAAUUCAAUCUUGCGUAUACACUACACGUAUACGUAAAACGCAGCUAAAGCUUUAGUAUUAGCAUUAGUUUUUUGUGCAGUAGGUGAGCUAUGCUACAGCAAACUAAACAAUAAAAAAAAAAACCUUCAUGCAAAACCACAACCAACUUUUACUCACAACGUAGCAUUGAUCGUUCGUUGGCGAACGAAGUGGAUCGCCUUUUGAGUACAAAAGAGCAACAGAAGAAAACAAAACAUUAAAUGGUAAAAUUAUCAGCAACUCCAUGGAAACAGCAAUCCGUCUUGUCAAUUAGCAAAACGAUACAAAACGCCCGUCCAGGAGCGGGAUCGAUUUUACGGAUAAAUUCAAUAAAAAUGUGGGCAGCUUUUACAACAAAAAAAAACGCCCAACAGCAAUCCACCCACAGGCAACAUAAGUCAUAGAACAGAGCAAAAAUAUAAUUAUUGCCCUCAAAUACCAAACUGGCUCGAAAACCAUUAUUCAUUGACAACGGAUAUCAAAACGUCGAAUGGCAUCGAAUCAAAACAGUUUAGAGAGAGAUAGAGAGUUUAGGAAGAAUCCCUAUUUUAACCGUGAUCAAACGUUUGCAAAAUCCAUGAAACUGUACUGUGACUCGGCUACUUCCUCUACGACUACUAGACGCUAACGCUAUCUGCACCCAUUCACUAUCUUUCAAACCCCAGGCACACUCAUUCUAUCAACAUUUAAGCACCGGAAAAAAAAUGUAACUAAAUUUAAACUCCCAAUCUGGAAGACCCCAACAAUCCGACAAAAUUCUAAAGCUCUCGAAAACUUAGCUGUAAAAUAAUCAAAGCGAAGUGCUGCUACGUUUGUACAGUUACACAAGCACAUGCCGUUUUGUUGUUGUUGCGAGCAACGCACUUGAGGGCGCCAGGCCGCCAGUUAGAAUUGUUGCAGUCUUACAUCCGUGAGGAGUUAAAUUCAACAUAGUAGGCGGGUGAUAAAGAACGAUGAAAAAUACUGGAAAUUAAUUCCGAAUCAAACUUAAGCCAGUAAGGAACAAAGUUGAACAAGCGGAGCACAACAGUCGCUCUGGUUUUUGCAUGCAGCUUCCGCUAAAGCGUUAGGUGUGUGGAAUGGUUAAGUCUGUGUGUGUGUCACCGUCAAAUCAUUAGCAAACCGUUGGCAAAACGGAAGUUGGCAAUAUGAAUGAACUGUUCAGCUUUGAGUGUUUUUUCUUUAUUUUGAGCUUGUUAGUGUAAGUUAAAAUGGGUGACCGUUUACCGCAAGUUUUUACAGCAUCAAGCGGGUGUAUGAAGAUGGCCGCGAUCAAUGGCGCGAUCAAGCUGUACAAAAAAAGGAAGGAAACAAUUACUUGACAGCAAAUUGAUGAGUUAUGGUUUGAUGAAGGUUUUGGUCAACAAUGAGCGCGGCAGCAUAUAAGAUCGUGCUCGACGCAACUGAAAUCAAUAAAAUAAUACAAAACAGUGAUCUUACACCAUGUUAAUGUUUCAUGAA